GCUACCUUCUUCCCCCUGAAUUAGCCUUUCUUCGGGUGGGGCGGGCGGAUGAUGGCGGCCGCCGUCGCCACAGGGCCGGACUUUGGUGCUCCGCGUGCGCAGAAAAGCUUUCCCUUCCCUUUUCCAAACGACUUCCGCCCUCACCGGAAAGAGUCGAAGAAGAAAACUUUAUCGACAAAAGGGAGAGCGGGCGAGGGGAAUGUCGGUGAAUUACGCGGCCGGGCUCUCGCCUUACUCGGACAAGGGCAAGUGCGGCCUCCCGGAGUUUUUUGACCCACCAGAUGAGCUGGAGAGGAAAAUUUGUGAGUUGGCCAACUUGAUCCGAAAUGCAUCCAACGUGGUAUUCCACACUGGGGCUGGAAUCAGCACGGCUUCGGGGAUCCCAGACUUCAGAGGCCCCAAUGGCGUGUGGACCAUGGAGGAGCGGGGCUUGGCCCCCAGGUUUGACACCACAUUUGAGAACGCACGGCCAUCGAAGACCCACAUGGCCCUCCUGGAGCUCCAGAGAGCUGGCAUUCUGCGAUUCUUGGUCAGCCAGAAUGUGGACGGGCUCCACGUACGCUCCGGCUUCCCCAGGGACAAGCUGGCCGAGUUGCAUGGGAACAUGUUUGUGGAGGAAUGCACGAAGUGUGGCAAGCAAUACGUGAGGGACACAGUGGUGGGCACCAUGGGCCUCAAGCCAACGGGCCGGCUGUGCGAUGUCUCCAAGUGCAGAGGCCUUCGGUCCUGCAGAGGGAAGCUCAUGGACACCAUCUUGGACUGGGAAGAUUCCCUGCCUGAUCGGGACCUGAAUCUGUCCAGCGAAGCCAGCAGGAGAGCUGACCUGUCGGUCACCUUGGGGACCUCCCUGCAGAUCAAGCCCAGUGGCGACCUCCCUCUGCUGACCAAGAAGAAAGGAGGGAAGCUGGUGAUUGUCAACCUGCAGCCAACCAAGCACGACAAGCACGCCGACCUGCGAAUCCAUGGUUACGUGGACGACGUCAUGACAAGGCUCAUGAAGCACCUCGGCCUUGAAAUCCCUGAAUGGACGGGCCCGGUGGUGGUGGAGAGUGCCGAGCUUCUUGAGCCCAAACCGCUGGCGAAGCCCCGCACAGACUUUAAGUUCCUGAGCAAGGAGGAGCCCCCCUCACUCUGCAACGGUGCUGGGCAGGACCCAGACCACGGCGCUGGUCGGCCGCAGGAAUCCUGUGCACAGGAGAGCAACCCUGUCACAGCCAAGCGGGUCAAGAUGGAGCCGCUGACUACCUGAUCGUCCAUCUGUGCGUGUCUGUAUGUCUGUGUGUGUCUUAGGAACUUGGUUGUCGUUUGUGUUUAUACGACUUUUUAAAAUGGUAUUCCCUCCUGCCCUUGUUUGGUGUGGAGUCUUUCCACAGAAGGCAAGUCACCUUUCAGAGUCUGGUUUACACAUGAAGGCAAGUCACCUUUCAGAGUCUGGUUUACACAUCACCCAACAACUGCAGCAUGAAUUGGUGGCCUUGCACGUGGGCCGUUUGAGGCCCUGGCAGAGCUUUCAUAUCACCUCCUCCAGAGAGAACGGACAUGGCGUCGUGGCUAAGAAACCCACCUCCAGUUCUGUCUGAACCGACUUCCCCAGUUCAGAUCUCUGCUGUGAAUUCAUUAUGUGGCCUUUAGACCAGCUGCUCCCCGUCAGUCUUUCCCCAUCUGUAAUAUCGGGAUAAUACUGAUCUAUUUGAAGUAAUUGUGGUAUGGCUUACAAGAAGAUCAUACAGUGAAUCAUCAAACAUUCGGAAGCACUAUACAAAUGCAAAACUUUAUUAUCAGUCCUCAGUCUCUGUUAUUAGAACGGGCGUUGCUGAAGGAGAACCAGCCUGGCUUCUACAAGGGCAAGUCUUGCCUCACUUGCCUUCUGGGAGUUCUUUGAGAGCCUCAAGAGUCCUGCGGAUAAAGGUGAACCAGUUGACAUCGUAUACUUCAACUUUCGAAAAGCUUUUGAUAGAGUUCCCCACCAAAGCCUCUUGAAUACCCCUAGCAGUCAUGGGAUAAGGGGCCAGGUUCAUGUGUGGAUCAGUAACUGGUUGGAAGGACAGGAAACCGAGGGUAGGAAUAAAUUGACAGUUUUCACAAUGGAGGGAGAUAAGAAGUGGGGUCCCCCAAGGAAAUUGAACCCCUGCCAAUUAUGCAGAUGGCAUAAUUUAGGGUAGUGAAAUCCAAAACAGAUUGUGAGGAUCUCCAAAAGGAUUGCUCCAAACUGGGUGACAAAAUGGCAAAUGUGGUUCAGUGUAAGCAAGUGUAAAGUGAUGCAUAUUGGGGCAAAACCCCCAGCUUCACAUAUACACUGAUGGGGGUCUGAGCUGUCAGUGACUGACCAGGAGAGAGAUCUUGGGAUCGUGGUGAACAUCUCGUUGAAAGUGUUGGUGUGUGGCAGCUGUGAAAAAGGCUAAUUCUAUGCUAGGAAUCAUUAGGAAGGGGAUUGAAAAUAAAAAUACUAAUAUUAUAAUGCCCUUACACAAAUCUAUGGUGUGGUCACAUCUGGAGUACUGUGUGCAGUUCUGGUCACCGUAUCUUAAGAAGGACAUUGUAGAACUGGAGAAGGUGCAGAAGAGGGCAGCCAAGAUGAUCACGGGCCUGGAGCACCCUCCUGAUGAGGCAAGGCUACAGAAUCUGGGGCUCUUUAGUUUGGAAAAGAGGUGAUUACAGGGAGACAUUAUUGAGGUGUAUAAAAUUACGCAUGAAGUAGAGAGAGUGGACAGAGAAAUGUUUCUCCCUUUCUCGCAACACUAGAACCAGAAGUCAUUCCAUGAAAAUGAAGGCCGGGAAAUUUUGGACCAACAAAAGCAAGUAAUUUUUUUCCACACAGCAAAUAAUCUCUGGAAUUCUCUGCCAUGGGAUGUGGUGAUGGCCACUAGCUUUGAUGGUUUAAGAGGAGCUUAGACAAAUUCAUGGAAGACAGGUCUAUCAGUGGCUAUGUGUCCUGAUGACUACUGUCUACUUCCAGGCUUAGAGGCAAGAUGCUUCUAAAUACCAGUUGCAAGCUCUCACCUCUUGCCUGUGGGCUUCUCAGAGGCAUCUUGUGGGCCACUGUGUGAAGCAGUUGCUUUGGGCCUCAUCCAGCAGGGCUGUUCAUAUGUUCUGUAUGAUUGUGCCAAAUCUUCAUGGCACCUCUCAGCCCCUCCACAACCGAACUUGCUACUGCUCUUUUAAUUAUUAAUCUGAUUUUGUACACACUCCCAUUUGCUAUCUACUUGUUUCAAUAAGACUAUUUAUAUACAUAAAAAAAAACCAAAACAGCUUGUCAGUGUGCAUGACCUGGCUGUUUCACCAACAGGUUGCCCCCAACAACGUUCUGAUGCGUUGCAGAGCUUUGUCUGUAUGUAUGAUUGACUCUUCAACCGUGAGAGGUAAUUAACAUGUGCUUGUUCUAAGAGCAUAUGGAUUGCAAAUUUUUAAACAGCCUGAAGUUAGGCAGUGCUUUGAUCUUCAGGGUGCAUACCUUUUGUGCACAGAUGUAUUGCCCAAAUUCCAUUAAAUGUAAAAAUUGCAGCA